AUGAACGAGCUGUUCAACUUAUCAGAUGACAACAUCGUUCGAAGCAGUGAUCCGAUGCAGGCCUUCAAGUUGGGACGACCAGCUCCUAAGAUUGGAGACAUUGACCGGUGCGCAGUGUACGUGUCACUGGCACCUGGUAUGGAAAAUCCUGCUGGGAUGGACCCGCCGGAGGACGAUGCUGCUCGGUGUCCUCAAUACACCAGCAGUGAAGAGGAACAGAACCGCCCCACCCCGACCACCGAGGAUAGGGUGGCGGGGAAAAGGCCAAUGGCGGUGGACCCAUCUCCUACGGAGGCGCUGCCGGCGAAGACCAGCCAAGCUCCGAAACAUCAUCAGCUCGUUAGGAUCACUGACGACGACGAGGACGAGGAGGAGGCUGCACCCUCUUUAGUCCGAAGACCGCGCAGUCGUCCAGACGUCGUGCCGACCACUACUGGUCAGGUGACCAGUGAUCCUCCUGCUCCACACGCCGAGCCGACGCGUCUUGGAGAGACAGGGGUGGCGGCGGCGACUGGUAGGACCAGGAGGAGGUUCUUCACAGCGACACACAGGCGCUCCGAUCUUACGGCGUCUGACGUUGAUCCAGACAACGUCGCUAGCCUGAAGACGGCCGAGCCGACUGUUGUCGUCGAAGAUGCCGCUCAGCAGACCACCCAGGAGCAGACCGAGGAGCAGCCCUCGGUAGUGAGCGUGGCAGAGACUGUCGAGGAGGUCCCAGCUCAGGCGAGGACCGGAAUGAGCACCCCUACAAGGGAUGAUGAGGCUAUGAGGACGCCUCCCCCGAGCAGUGUCGCGGAGGAGGGAGACAGAGCCCCGACUCCCCCGCCCGCUGAAGAAAGGAGGGCCGCAACUCAACCCCGAGUGGAAACCUCUUCGCCAAAGGGCUCCCUUGGCCAGGAUAAAGGUCUAGUGAUACCUAUGACCACAGCUGAGGGAAGCGUAGAGGGCGAGGAGACUAAGCGGCCUCCGACGACGAAGUUGAAGAAAUCCAAGGUCGCUCCAUGA